GGUCUGCGAGCAUCAUGGCGGACGACAUCCUGGAGGAGAACGUGAAGACGAACACAGAGGAAGCACUCGACGGAUCCAGCAGUGAUGAAGAUGAGGGUGAAGUUAAACCCGUCGCGAUCGAAGAGCCGGUGAAGAGCUUCAAGGACCUGGGGGUCACCGAGGUGCUGUGUGAGGCCUGCGAGCAGCUGGGAUGGAAGACCCCCACUAAGAUCCAGGUGGAGGCGAUACCGGUGGCUCUGGAUGGGAAGGACGUCAUCGGUUUGGCAGAGACCGGCUCAGGGAAGACGGGCGCCUUCGCUCUGCCCAUCCUCCAGUCGCUGCUGAACUCGCCCCAGAGGCUGCACACCCUCGUGCUCACGCCCACCAGGGAGCUAGCGUUCCAGAUCGCUGAGCAGUUCGAAGCCUUGGGCUCCAGCAUCGGUGUGAAGUGCGCUGUCAUUGUCGGUGGGAUUGAUAUGAUGUCCCAGUCUAUGGUGCUGGCCAAGAAACCACACAUCGUCAUCGCGACACCUGGUCGGCUGAUCGACCACAUGGAGAACACCAAAGGCUUCUCCCUCCGAGCGCUGAGGUUCCUGGUCAUGGACGAAGCCGACAGAAUCCUCAACAUGGACUUUGAGACUGAGGUGGAUAAAAUCUUGAAGGUGAUUCCCAGAGACAGACGAACCUUCUUGUUCUCCGCCACCAUGACGAAAAAGGUCCAGAAACUUCAGAGAGCCGCUCUGAAGGAUCCUGUGAAGUGCUCAGUAUCCACCAAGUACUCCACAGUGGAAAAACUGCAGCAAUACUACAUCUUCAUCCCAUCCAAGUACAAGGACUGUUACCUGGUGUCCAUCGUGAACGAGCUGGCCGGUAACUCCUUCAUGAUUUUCUGCAGCACCUGUAACAAUGCCCAGCGGGUGGCGCUGUUGUUAAGGAACCUUGGAAUCACUGCCAUCCCUCUUCAUGGCCAAAUGAGUCAGAACAAACGACUGGGAGCACUGAACAAGUUCAAGUCGAAGUCUCGGUCGGUGCUGCUGGCGACCGACGUGGCGUCCAGAGGACUGGACAUCCCUCACGUGGACUGUGUCAUUAACUACGACAUCCCUACUCACUCCAAGGACUACAUCCAUAGAGUUGGUCGGACAGCCAGAGCUGGUCGGUCCGGGAAAUCCAUCACCUUCGUCACCCAGUAUGAUGUGGAGCUGUUCCAGCGAAUCGAAACCCUGAUAGGGAAGAAACUUCCUGCUUUCCCGACCCAGGAAGACGAAGUGAUGAUGUUGGUGGAGCGGGUGAGCGAAGCCCAGCGAUUCGCCAGGCUGGAAAUGAAGGAGCAAGGCGAGAAAAGGAAAAGGCCCAAACGAGGAGACGGAGACGAAGAUGACACAGAACAAUCGAGCGGAGUGAGGAAGAAAGUGAGAGGUGGAGCAGGAGCGAGUGGAGGAAUGGGAGGAGGAGGAGGAGGAAGAGGUGGAGGAGCAAGAGAAAGAGGAGGGAAGAACCGGGGUGUCGGGGCCUGGAGAGGAGGACGCUGAAGCCUCUCACAUUAACAGACUGUACAUAACCACAACGUGAAUAUCUGCCCUGUUAUUGAUGAUGACGAAUGAAAAAUGGACUAUUUAAUUCCAGAAAAACAUGUCUUUCUUUCCUUCCUUCCCCCUUCUUUUCCACAUUUGUAAUAAAAUGCAACUGUUAAACCAAAA